UUUCCUCGAUCUCUCUGUUUUCUAAUUCGAUUUAUGCCCCAAUUUUUGGUUGCUUGUGGGGAGAUCGUUUGUGUUCUGUUUUGAUUUUCCGCAAGGUUUCCUCUUGCUUUGCUUACUUUUCGUUUGCCAUUAGCGGAUUAUUAUGUUUCCUAUGAUUAUUGCGCUGGUCUGGGGUGUUUUACCUGUGUGUUCAGAAUCAGUAGCAUUACAUUUCAGUUAGCAUAUACCAUGUGACGAUUCAGAGUUGCCUGACUUAUUACUUAGGCAAAUGAUUGUGGUAGUUAAAUCCUCGUAUUACUUAGGAUGGAUUAGUUUUAGUUGAUAUUAUUCUGGAAGCUGGAUGAACAUUUAACUGACAAAUUGUUGCUCAUGGUAGAUACCAGCAAUUUCUCUGGUUCUAACUUUAUUGAGUGUUACUUUAUUUGAUCAGUCAACCAACAAAUCUACUGUUUUUCGGUUUCCCCUGUUUCGAGAUGAGUUUUACUUCGAUUACUGGGAGUUAUAGUGUUCAUCUUUGGUACAUCUCAAUAUCUCAACCUGGCUGUACCUUAUGGCUAACACUGAUAACUUCGAAGGAUUGCAAUGCAAAUUCCUCAAUAAUACUAGCCUACACUAUACAUUGCUGAUUGGCAGUGUUUGCUGCACAUCAGUAUGUCAACUAAUGCUGGUGGUAUAUUCUCUGCACUAAUCUUUUUUUUUGCAGGGGAUAUUCUCUGCACUAAUCAGCUGCAGGUUACCUUUGCAAUGUUUUUUAUUAGUCUAAAAGUUGUCAUUGACUCAUUGUACUACUGAACUGCUGAUGCAAUCUCCCUAUACUUCUUCCAGUUACAAGUAUAUUAGGGAAAAAGAAUUUUUAGCUGAGCUUCAAGGUUGAUGGAUCUAUCAUUUUUCCAUUGCCACUGAUCGACACAUUAACAAUGUUCAGGCUCUAAUCAAAAUCAGCAUAAAUGAUGUAAUCAUUUUUGUUUUGAUGGUUUACACCUAAACCAUCUUUAUAGGACAAACAGAUAGAAUAUUUCUGUGUUAAAUAAACAAAAUGUCCAAGUUUCUCUAAAAGCAACCACUUACAUAUAAAUAAUGAGUUAGAAACACUUUUGGUAACCUGCUCCUAUUAUAUAACCUCAGUACCUAACGAUGUAAAUUAAAGGUUACAUGGUCCAUCCUUGAUAGUAGUAUGAUACGCUUAUACAAUUUUCGAAUGACAUGUAACCUAACCAUCUGAAGGAAAUACUUAUAUAUAUAUUUUUAAUUCUUGAUGACUUCCAGAAUCAUGAGUGGUACGGGAUACACAGUUGAAGUUACUAACCUGUCAAGCAGGGCAUCUGAAAGUGAUCUUCAUGAGUUCUUUUCAUUCUCUGGAGCGAUUGAGCAUAUAGAACUUAUCAGAUCAGGAGAAUAUGGUUCUACUGCUUAUGUGACAUUCAAGGAACCCUAUUCCUUGGAAACUGCAGUAUUGCUCAGUGGGGCUACUAUUGUGGAUCAGCCAGUUUGUAUAGCUCGCUGGGGACAGCCUAAUGAACCAUACAAUUUCUGGGACACACCAAAUUGGUAUACAGAGGAGGAAAUUGAAUACAGGACCUAUCAAACAUGCCAGUUCAAUUCCACUCCACAAGAAGCUUUGACGAUUGCUCAGGAUGUUGUGAAGACAAUGCUAGCAAGGGGAUACGUACUCAGCAAGGAUGCACUGGCCAGGGCUAGAGCCUUUGAUGAGUCCCAUCAGGUAACAGCGACUGCCGCAGCCAAGGCUGCGGAGCUGAGCAAGAGGAUUGGCCUAACCGACAGGGUCAGCGGCCUAACCGACAGGGUCAGCGCCGGUGUUGGUGCAAUCAGAUCGGUGGAUGAGACAUACCACGUAUCCGAGACGACCAAGACCGUCGCCACCGCCACAGGAAGAACAGCAGUUAAGGUUGUGAAUGGCAUCAUGACCAGCAGCUAUUUCUCUGCAGGAGCUAUGAUGCUGUCUGAUGCUCUCCAUAGGGCAGCACAGGCAGCAGCUGAUUUGGCUGCUCAUGGUAGACACAAUUAAGUGAAAAUAAACACCCGGUACAUAUAUUGUCAGUUAUUCAGACAUCAGGAUGAACACCCAAAUAUGGAGUACUUGACAUGAUGCCGUUCCAAGUAUGAUAAUAACGGUGAAACCGGUAACAACUGUACCUACAAAGACUGAAGGAAAUGUGUGCAGAACAAUGUAAAGUAUUUCAAACCGAGUCAAGUGAUCGUGCAGUCAUGUUUAACAGUUUCUGCUCGUUUUAUAUUCAUGCUGAUAGCAUCCUUCAUUCUUA